AUGGAACAGUUGUGGGUAGGAUGCUGGCAAGAGAUGAAUAAGUUUCAGCUUGAGCAGCUACCUUGCCAGCAUGUAGUUGCAGUUUGCCGCUUCUUGAAAGUAAAUGUAUACUCAAAGGCUUCUCGGUAUUACACUCGGAAAACCUGGAUGGAUGCUUAUUCGGAUAGCAUCUACCCGAUACAGCCUCACGGAAUGUGGGAUAUUCCUGAAGAUGUUCGAAGUCGAGUUGUGCUGCCUCCCAUUGCAAGGGUCAGGCCAGGCAGACGAAAGAAGAUAGAAUUCCCUCGCAAGGAGAGGGCACCAUUAGAAGAAAGUGCUCAAGGUGUGUUUCCGCAGGCCACAAUAAAAGCACCUGUAAAAACACUAUUCCAGUGCGCAAUUUACCGUGAUACUCCGACUAUACCUUCUUUUGUGAUUACAAAUUCGGCCGAUGCAUAG